AUGUUGUCGACACAUCUGGUCGUAGGAUUGAGCGCCUGUCUUGUCGCUGCGCAGUCCAUUCCAUCGCCUCCUGCACCCGAAGCAUUCCAGAUCUUGGAACUCCCUCUGCCACCAGUUGCACCUAGCGCGGAUGAAGGGGCCUGCACAACCAACAUCAAUCCUCAUGGCACCGGCUGCAUUGCCAAGGCAGUAGGCGAGUUCCAAGCUGGCGAUUUCACUCCUGAUGGCGACCAUAUCAUCGCCAGCGUGGAGUUUGUCGGGGCAGCAGCUGGAAGCAUUUACACCGGCGAGCAGCUCAUCCUCAUCAAGACCAACGGCACAAACUUCACCAACGGCGACCCCUGGAAGUGCAUCAGUUGCGGUGUACCUACAGCCAACGCCAUUUCUCUGGACGCCCAACGAGACUAUCCUCAUGUCUUUCGUAGCGGCACCAAGGCUCUCUGGGGUCACAACAUUCUCGACUGCGGGGGUGAGCUCCUUCAAAGCAACACUUGCACCCCUAACAACACCCAUAUUUACCCGAUUCACUGGAACACCGCGGCCGAUGGAUCAGGCAAGGGUGGGAGCCCGCGCGAACUCCGUCUGCAUCCGGACGAUGUGCAUAUGGGCUGGAGCUCGUUCACCAACGACGGCGGACAGUUCGCCUACUUCGGCCGACUUGAGUUCAACGCCGCACCCACUGUCGGCGAACUCCUUGCUCCACGCUACGACCUGGUCGACGUGCACCUCCUCGUCGACCCAACUCGCUUCGAGCCAUACACCGUCAACGGAACCGAACUGACCAUUCAUGAUGACUCCAUCAACGUCGGCGAGCUCCGCGGUUUCAGCGGCAAUGGCGAAGAAAUCACUUACAUCGCCAACCCGCGCGAGUCUACAAACAUCGACCUUUUCGCGGUGCACCUCGAGACGGGCGCUGUCAGAAGACUGACCAGCCACCCAGAGUACGCCGACCCCAUGGCCUUCUCAGCCGACAACGACUGGUUCAUCGCAAUGGACACCCGCGGUUCUAAUCGACAGAUGUGGAUGUCGGGUAUGCGCGGCGUUCCUCCCCUCAUCGACCUCGUCGCCGUGACGGUUGCAUCGUCCACACGCAACAACGGGCCCCGCCGCUUCUUCCAGCCCAUCCUGAUCGACCGCCACGGCGAUCGCGGGGAUUAUUACGGUCAGCAGGUUAACGCUGCAGGCGACGGCAGCAAUGGCGCCAUCAACGAUCCCAACUGGAACGGCAGAGCUGACCCAGCCUUCUCUCUCGACGGCACCAAGAUCGUCUACUGGCAGGCCCUCGUCGUUUCCCCGUCAUGUGGCGGGGAGAACCCCCUGCCCUGCCCCGACUCCACUGCACAGGGCGGACGAGAGUACCGCAUCAUGCUUGCCCACCGCACCGGUCGCGAAGCCACCACGCCUGCGCCGGUGUACAAGGUCCCCGACGAGAUUCCUUGGGCCACCCCUUUCCCACCAGGCUCAACUGUUCCAGCACAGUUCACAGUGCCCCCUGGCAACUACACCCUCAAGGGCAAGGUCUCCGGCGUUGCUGAUGUGAGCAUCACCCCCGACGCGAAUAGCGUGAGCGGCUUGGGCAGCGUGUCGGUCAACUACACGAACUACUCAGAUGACGGCGAUCACAUCUUGAACGGACAUGAGGAUGUGACGGUCAAGAUUCUACUGCCGAAUUUCUGGACCAACCAGGUGGACUGGGUGUCUGACAUUGUCCAGACAGGUGUUGUGAACGGGACUAAGAAGACGGGACCGGGCGGCUUUCAUCUGAUCAUUGACGCGGAGCUCAACGUCUUCAAUGCUAACGGGACUCUGACUACGACUAUUGAUGGUGUGGAAUACAAGCAACCGGCAAAUGGGACAUGA